AUAUAUUUUCAAAAACCCCUAAAUUUGCCUGAAAGCCCUAAUUUAUUUUGGCUCCAAAAUACCCACCAUGAAGAGAGCUCUGCUGACAAAGCUCUCUGUCUGCACGCGAAAGCUCCUUCUAUCUCCUCCCAGAUUAAACCCUAACCCUAGGCCAUCACUUGCUCAACUCACUGUCUCCACUCGUUCUAGACUCAGCAGGUUCUACUCUUCUGAGUGUGACUCAUCCUGUGAAGCAAGAUUGACCCAGAAGUCGAAUGGCUCCAUCGAAGAUGCUGAUGAGCUCAGCACUCAAGAGAUAAAAAGGCUGGUGGAGAAGUACUACGAAGGUGAAGAUGAGUCACUGCCAUUGAUUUUCGAAGCAAUUAUAAAUAGGAAGCUGGCAGGGAUCCCGGAUGACAAGUUGAUAGAACAACUUAAUCUAGAAUCUCCUACAAAUGGUUUUGAGGACAAAGAGUUUGAUUUUGAUUUUGAAGAUAAAUGGAGUGAAACUGAUGAGGAUGGUGAUGAAUUAGAUUGAUGGGAUGAGGAGGUUUCCCCUACUGCUUGUGUUGGAGGGAUGAGGAGGUUUCUCCUAGGGAAAGGCAUUCAAGAACUGACGAUAAAAGAUAUGUAGAGAUAGAUUGUAAAAUUAACCCAUCAAUUGGUGGAAGUGAUGAACCUGAGGGAUCAUGUGGAGAGUAAUCACGGAUCCAUUGUCAGCUUUGAAAACUAUUUUAGAGGCGAGAGCAGAGGUAUACUAUACUGAUAGGUUCAAAUCAUGGGAUUUCUUAUAAUGGAUUUUGAUCUCUGGUUGUUGCUUUUAGUCUCUAUUCUGAUAUUUGGAAUUGGACCAAUAAUGAAGAUUUUGGUGAUCCCAUUUAUAAUGAGAUAGAUGUGGAUUGAUGUUCUCCAA